AUGGAGCCCACCUCCUCAGUAUUUAGCUAUUUGUUAUUGCACUUGUUUGUUCUCUCCUUACAAGCUCAGGUAACUGUUCAGUCCCCACCUAAUUUUACACAGCAUGUGAGGGAGCAGAGCCUGGUGACGGAUCAGCUCAGCCGACGGCUCGUCCGCACCUACCAGCUGUACAGCCGGACCAGCGGGAAGCACGUGCAAGUCCUGGACAACAAGAAAAUCAAUGCCAUGGCCGAGGACGGGGACGCUCAUGCCAAGCUCAUUGUGGAGACGGACACCUUCGGGAGCCGCGUGCGCAUCAAAGGGGCCGAGACCGGGUUCUACAUCUGCAUGAACAAGAAGGGGAAGCUGAUUGGCAAGAGCAACGGCAAAGGCAAAGACUGCGUCUUCACGGAGAUCGUCCUGGAGAACAACUACACGGCGCUGCAGAACGCCAAGUACGAGGGCUGGUACAUGGCCUUCACCCGCAAGGGCCGGCCCCGCAAGGGCUCCAAGACGCGGCAGCACCAGCGCGAGGUGCACUUCAUGAAGAGGCUCCCCAAGGGCCACCAGACCACCGAGCCCCACAGACGCUUUGAGUUCCUCAAUUACCCGUUCAACCGGAGAAGUAAAAGGACUCGAAACUCCAGCCCUCGGCAGGGCCCCUGA